AUUCGCAGGCGUCGGAAAAAUCCGAAACGAUUUCGCGUGCCUUUUUUUUUACUACAUUUUCAUUUAUAUUGUUCAGAAAAUGAAUGAUCCAAACAAAAAAAUAGAAAUUGAUAAGUCCUCGCUCCUCAGUCUGAAAGCCGAGUUACUUCGCAAACAGGCAGAGGUGAGUCGGGCUAAAGCAUUCAACUCGAUUGAUGAUUUUGUCCCCAAACCGGCACCAAAGCUGCCCAAUGCUUCUUCCAACUCUGGAGAAGGCAAAUCCAGGCAUCGUAGUAAAACCGACAAAGCCAAAGCCGACAAACCUCCAGACUCGGUCGAACUGGAAGAUUCGGCCUCGAUGGCACGCUCCAAAAAGGUACUGGAAGCGAAAGCCCGCUACUAUGACCGUAUGGUAGCUUCCGGCGGAGCGCUCAAUAGCGAUGAAAAUUGUCUGGUGAUGUUCAAUCGAAAGAAACAAACCGAUAGAGAUGCCGUUACUGAGCCUUUUGAGUCCUCUGACAGCGAUAGCGAUUCUUCGGCCGGUGGAAAGGAUAAUUUUUAUGAAGACCGUUCAGCUGAACCGUCUGAGAACGACUGGGUGGAAUAUAUCGAUUUCCUUGGAAGAAGUCGUCGUUGUCGCCGGAAGGAUUUAGACGAAUGUCUAAGGAAAGAUAGGCAGAUGGCCCGUACCACCGACGCAAGGGAGGGUCAACGAAGGGAAGAUCAAGCGGGAGCAGAGGAGGGAGGCAACGGCAAUUUGUCCGAAGAGGAAGGAGAAAUCAUCGGUCCUCCGGUGCCUUCGACGGCUAUCACCGAAGAUACCAUCGGAGAUCGAUUUCGGGAGAUGCGAGAACAGUGGGCCAAACAGGAAUCCGAAAAUUUGGAAAAGGAUUCCCUCCACUACUCGGAUGUGCUGUUUGAUGAGGCCCGGCAGCAUGGUGUUGGUUACUACGCUUUUUCCACCGAUCGGGAGGAACGCACCCGGCAGCAAAAUGAGCUGGACUCGAUCCGGGAGUCUACCCUGGAAGCCCAGAGGCAAAAAGACAACCUACGCCAAGCUCGCGAUAGAAUAAUUGCCGAUCGGGUUAAGGCGGCGAAAGCACGACAAAGGGCUCGUCUAGGGCUGCCUCCGGAACCGGAAGAAUCAGAGGAAAAGGGUGCCGAGAAGAAUGAAUCGGUGGGAAAAUCUGAAGGGGACAAUCAAUCGGCGGUAGGCGGAGAUGAUUUGUAUGACAAUACCGAGGAAAAGAAAAGGCUUAAAGCCGAAGCAAAGGCCCGCAAGAAGAAGGAAAAGGAGGAACGGAAGCGGGAAAAGGAACGCGCGAAACACGUUCGUCCCUGGGAUGCCGGGAAGGAACAGGACAUCGACAAGGAAUGGAAACCGGCCAAGGAAUGGUACGUUAUGUCCCAGGAAGAAUGGAACGAAAUGAAAAGAAAUGAGCGAAUACCUGAAUUUGCUCCUCCGGUAGAAAAACCGCCUCCACCGUUCAGGAUGGCACAAAGAGGCGAACGUGUUCCGGUGAAAACUUCAUUUGUGCAAUCGACGAACGAUGAGCAUGACUCUGAUGAACCGGGGGAGGAUGAGGGUGCCUUUGAGCCGAUUGGACCACUUCCGCCCGAUCGAUUAUGGUCCGCCGAGCACAGAAUAGCUAAUAAUCCACUUCAACUGGACAGUGUAGGCUUGGGGCCACCCCCAUCCAGGCGACUCCCGGACGAGGACGAGGACGUCGUCAAUAUGCCAACGGUUCCGCCGGGUACGGAAGAUAUUCUUUUACCGGAGCAACCACAACGUGCACUAUUCUUUACUACCAAGAAGACGAUGACGACAAAAACGCGGCAAGAGUUUAAACGCCGGAACUACGAGUCUGCUACUGCUAGCGACGAUAACUGGGGUGUUACAGGCCAGCAGCAACAAAAAAGACAUAAACCACAGCAGCAACAGCAAAAUUCCAUUCCUAUUCGGAAUGAAUUGAGUGAUGGGUCGUCGUCGGGCGAUGAAGAUGGAGCCAUGCCCCGGCGGGGUAACGGAGUUGAAAUUGCGCCACCACCCACGUGGGACUAUUAUGGGCCUUCAUCCUCUUCUGGCGGUGCAGCAACUCGGCGACCGGCAAAAUCGACGGCAACGAAAAAUGCCUUGGAGGCAUCGAUUGAAGCUGGCCUUCGCUUUUUGCGGGAUCAAUCGGAUAAAGGUGGACCCACAGUUGGAACGAAAAACAAGUGGACGUCCAAUGCAGACUAUUGACUGAGAGCUGAGGCUUAUGUGGGAGCAACGGAAAUCAACACUCGAGUUUCUUUUUUCUGUCGGUAGUCUCCACCACCUCUACUUAGUCUUAAUGGGACUAAGCUGUUAUGUUGGAACUAUUGAAGGAAGAUUGGUUCAAUGCCAUAACCGAUUAUAA